GGUAGCAAAUCAGGUUGAAUUACAGGUCUGUAAUUAAUGGAGGCUAAAUUAUGUGGAUUGAAUGCGAACGUAAGCAAUCGGUACAACCUUGAGAUGGUUUGGUCCCACUGAGAGAAUGAAUGAGAAUUGAAUUGCAAAAGAAAUGCAUAAAGGUAGAGUAAAUGGUUGGAGAGGAAGGGAGAUCAAGAAAGUGACUGUUGAAGAGAGUUGAUGAGUUUCUGAAAAAGAAGGUUUAAAAAACAACGGCCAAUAUAUGGAACAGUGUAUGGAGGUGGUGGAAUCAAGGAUGUAUUGCUGAGAGAGAGGUGAACGGUGUUGGUGUAAACUAGUUUUAGCUGCUGUUUCCUUUGUUGCUAGUUUUUUGCAGUGCGUAUAUAUAACAGGGCAACCCGACCUCCCUUUCCACCACUUUGUCCUGAGCAAGAAGACCAGCUGUGGUUUUGGCCCCCAACCCUGCUCUUCCCUGCGGCGCCCCUGACCUUCUCUUCCCCCUCUGUGGAUGCAGAUAACCAGUUCAGGAUGUCUAUCCUGGAGCGACUGGAGCAGAUGGAGAGGAGGAUGGCUGAGAUGACUGGAACCCAGCAGCACAAGCAAAGUGGGGGGAACAGCAGUGGCAAUGGAGGGAGCCAAGCACAGUGCAUCUCUGAGGCUGCCACCUUGGGGAACUGCUUUGAGAGCCGCGUGGUGGUUGUGUGUGAGAAGAUGAUGAGCCGAGCCUGCUGGGCCAAGUCCAAGCACCUCAUCCACUCCAAGACGUUCCGGGGGAUGACCCUCCUGCACCUCGCAGCAGCCCAGGGCUAUGCUACCCUCAUCCAGACUCUCCUCAAAUGGCGCACCAAACAUGCCGACAGCAUUGAUCUGGAGCUGGAAGUUGACCCGCUGAACGUCGACCACUUCUCCUGCACUCCACUGAUGUGGGCAUGUGCUUUGGGUCACACGGAUGCAGCUGUGGUCCUGUACAAGUGGGACCGUCGGGCCAUCUCCAUCCCCGACUCGCUCGGGAGGCUGCCUUUGACCAUUGCCCGCUCCCGCGGCCACGUGAAGCUGGCCGAGUGCCUUGAGCAGCUACAGCGGGAAGAGCAAACGCAACUCAGGCCGGCCCCUCGGAUCCCAUGCCCUUCACGGGAGGAGCCCAGUGGUGAGAACUGGACAGCCCAGUGGCCCAGCAAAAUCAUUGCCUCUCAGGACCAGCAAAAGGGAAUCACCGUGAUUUCCAAUUCUAAUACAGAAUUGAGAAGGCCUCGGUCUGAACCCUCCAGUUACUACAGCAGUGAGAGCCAGAAGGAUUACCCAGCACCCAAAAAACACAAACUGAACCCUGAAUGCUUCUCUACUCGGCAGGAGAAGCUUCUUUCCACUGCCCUGAGCCUGGAGCAGCCGAGUGCCCGGAAGCUGAGCUCCAGCACUAAGCCCUCUCUCCCCGAGACAAUCAGCCCCAGGCAUGGGGUACAGGACUAUACCCGGGAGCUGGUCCCUGAUCUGGCUGGCUACCGCGGCUCCGGUGGGGUCAAGUGGAGGCCGAAGGAGCCAUAUCUUGGCAUGUCGGCGGUGCAGGUGACCGGCAGCUCUAAGGGGGUGGCUCUGGGGAAAGACUCAGGGGCCCAGCGGUUGCAUCAGCGGGAGCAGAUGAGCGUGCUGAUGAUGGCAGAUAGGGAUGUGGUGGAAGCAGAGCUGCUCUCCUUCCGGGACAGCACAGAGAGCGAAGACUGCUUACACCAUAUGGAUGAUCUGCAGGUGACCAUGAUGACUCUAGCAGAGCACAUCAUCGAAGCCACCCCAGAGAGGAUCAAACAGGAGAAUUUCGUGCCAGCAGAGGAGGCGUCCCCAGCAGAAAGGACAGACAGUGCUGCCAUUAGCACCUCGAUGGGCUGGCUGGCCAGUUACCUUGCAGACGUGGACCGCUUGCCCAGUGCCGCUCAGAUAAGAAGUCUGUAUGGUGGAACCCUGACCUCUUCCUCUCACACCAGCCUAAGCCCUACAAGCUCGCCGGUCAAUGAGAUGGCUUUUGAGAAGCCCAGCCUCCCUUCGGCGACAGACUGGUCCGAAUUCCUAAGCGCCUCCGCCAGUGAGAAGGUGGAAAACGAGUUUGCACAGCUGACACUCUCUGACCAUGAGCAAAGAGAGCUCUACGAAGCUGCCAAGCUGGUCCAGACGGUCUUCAGGAAAUACAAGGGGCGUCCCCUCCGGGAGCAACAGGAAGUGGCUGCAGCUGUCAUUCAGCGUUGUUACCGGAAAUACAAGCAGUAUGCACUUUAUAAAAAGAUGAUCCAAGCUGCCAUCCUUAUCCAGAGUAAAUUCCGAAGCUAUUACGAGCAGAAGAAAUUCCAGCAGAGUCGGAGAGCUGCUGUCCUCAUCCAGCAAUUCUAUCGCAGCUACAAAGAAUUCGGCAAGAGGAGGCAAAGUCGUCGGACAGCUGCCCUUGUGCAACAGAAGCUCAGAAGCAGCCUGCUCACCAAGAAACAAGACCAAGCUGCUCGCAAGAUCAUGCGGUUCUUACGGCGCUGCCGCCACAGAGCGAAAGACUUGAAAAAGGAACUUGAAGAGCGAGACCACGGCAACGACAGCAUCCCAUAAGGAGUGCGGGGCUGUUGUGUUUCAGACUGUUUUCAUUUUCUGUUUUUAGCAGAAACAUGCAACAACAAUUUCAAAAAUGAUUUGAUUAUUUAAAAAAAAAAAACUGACUGCUGCACCGAGAAUAUCGGCUGUAGGAUUUUAAUGGUAAUGUUUAGUCAUUACAUUUGCACUUUCAUGGACAAUUUUUAAUUUGUUCAGCAAGACAUCUUGGAACUCAAAUCUUUGGUUGGAUCAUUGGGGCAGGGAGGGGGGGAAGAGUGACACCCGGAAGGAGUUUUCAUGAGUUGCUUCAUUCCUCUCAAAAGUGAAUAAAAAGAAGCAAUCGAUUACCAUUUUCAUAUAGGGCUGUAUUAAAAGAAAAACAAAAACCAAUGUGUGGAACUGUACAAAUAUUAUACCAAAAACGCAAAACCCCCACAAUCCGAGAAUGGCAUUUCUGCAUCUGUCAGGUACCUCCACGACCCGGACACGCUGGGAUCCUCCAUGGAAACACUUUGACCGCCUCCUGUCUUGCCUGGUCAUUCCUCCUCCAUCCCCUUUGCACGUCUGUCUUUCUGUUCUUCAUCCGAACCCACGACACACCUUAGGUGCAACCGUUUAGAUCCGCUGAUCUUCAGAGAUCCCGUGAGAGUUUUUCCAGAAGCUGUCAGUGUUUUUAAGGCAAACGGGUAUUUACGAGGGGUGGGGGGGUGGAGAGAGAGAAUGGGGUGAACAGCUCAAGCAAACUGUUCCUUUUCGGUGUCUUUUUUUCUCUCUCUUGAAAGCCUUCAAGUCUAUCAACUGCCAUAUGCACUUCUCAUAUUUGGCACUUUAUUUUCUGGCCUUACUUCACAUAAGAUUUUUACUUAUUUAAUUGCAAUGAUUUGUAAAGCAUUUUGGUAACCUUGCAGACCUCUUGUUCGACUGAAGAGUCAUGUGCAGAUAUGCUGACUGGACAGAUCUAUCGCCGAAGGGAGCAGCGUGGUACUGCAUUCCGCCCAGUAAAUUUCUUGUUUUGGCUAUUUCAUCAAAACAAAAACAAACAAACGGAAGGAAGGAAGGAAGGAAGGAAGGAAGGAAGGAAGGAAGGAAGGAAGGA